AUGACUCGCACAGUCUCGCCCACACACACCCAGCGCCUCGAGCGCGGGGGCCUGCAGCGCGUCGAACACCAUGCCAUCGACCGCCACGGUGGAGCUGGUGCUAAGGACAGUGUCCAUGUUGAGACACAGCACCUGCGUGCGGAGCAUGUCCGAGGAGGUGGGGAGGUAGACUGUGCAGGAGACCAGCAGCGGGCAGGCACGGAGGACGGCGAGGACGUCGGUGUUGUGUGCUUUUGUCCACCACAAGUGCACAGGGACGUGCGGCGCGUGCCGACGGAGGAUAAGUUCCAUCAGCUCGGCCCAGGGUAUGUUAAAGGACAACAUGCGGAAGGCCACGUCGGUGAGGAGCGUGAAGGAGCGCAGGCGGGGCAUGGAGCGGAACAUCUGCAGUAUGGACAGCAGGGGAGAUCGAAAGUGAGAAAGUCGACAGGACAGAGCCAGGUGGAAGGGGUGGGGGGCAGAGCACAAAAGCCAGGAUCCGAUGGUAUCGGCAGCGGACCACAUGCUUGUCAGCUUGGAAAACAGAUGCAAACUCACCUUAGAAGAGAAGGAUUCAACCCUACCACGAAGAAGCUCGAGAUUGUGACUACUGCGAACCAGGACCCGCUAAUCUCGCACACGCCUAUCAUCGGCGUUGACAUUUGGGAGCAUAGACUAUUGACUGCUUUCUACCUGCAGUACAAGAACGUCAAGCCUGACUACCUCAAUGCUAUCUGGAACGUUGAUACGCUAGAGGUGGCUCUAAGUGCCGAGCACAACACCAAAACAACCUCUAAUGCAGGGGGUGCUGGAGCUAGUAUCUAA